AUGGUUGGUUAUGAGAAGGAUGACAUAAACGCACACAAGAAGCUGAUAGCCGGGUGCACGUCGGGUGUCGUCACCAGGUUCAUCACCCAGCCUCUGGACAUCAUCAAGCUGAGGACCCAGCUGCAGAAGACGAACCCGAGGAAGGCGUACAAGUCACAAUGGCUGCCAACUGCGAUGAGGAUCUUCAGAGAAGAGGGACUGUUUGGGUUCUAUGCUGGACACAAUCUUGGUCAGAUGCAUUCGAUUCUGUCUGUGAGCAGCCAGUUCUACGUGUACGAGAUCGCCACGUCGUAUGCUGAUCAUUUUCACCCGUCCAACACUCACCAGCCAUACAUACGGUUCUUGUGCGGCAUCUUCGCCGGCUGCUGCAGCACGACCCUGGUGCUUCCCAUCGAGGUGAUCAGGGUCCGUCAGAUGCUGGUCAACGAGCAGUACCGCGGCAUCUUCAACGGCGCCGUGAUGGUCUACCGCAGCGGAGGAGUCCUGGCCUUCUAUGAGGGACUUAGUGCUUCACUCAUGCAGAUGGGUCCAGCCGUGGGCAUUUCCUUCGGCACGUUCAGCUACCUGCAGCCAGCGCUGCUGCGGUUCCUCCACGACCGCGACUGCGGCGCCGACGGCGACUGCGCGCACUCCACCUCCAACAAGUACAAACCCGAACACAUCCUGAUGGCCAGCACCAUGGCGGGCUCGGCGGCCGGCUUCCUGUCCAAAACUGCUACAUAUCCGUUUGACCUGGCCAAGAGGAGGCUGCAGAUUGCCAGCCAUGACCACAACCGCAAAUAUAAAAUCCCGACGACGGCCAGGAGACUGUUCAAGUGUAGGAACUUAACGCAGUGCAUCCUUAAAACUGUUAAGAAAGAAGGCGUCGUAGGGCUGUACCGAGGCUGGGCCAUCACGAUCUUCAAGGCCCAGCUGACCAGCGUCAUAGCGUUCACCACGUACGAGAUGAUGUGCUUUUUGCUCAGGGAAAUGGACGUUUGAAGGCAUUUUACAAUACUGGAUUAGUAUGUUGCAAGGCGGUUAUCAUAUCACUGCCUUAUAAAUUUGCCGCUAUUUGAAAUUUGCGGAAAUUUGAAAGUAGACGGAGUUAACACAUAUGAAUAAAGUUCCUGUGAUAUCAAUGUACAGUUUGGGUUUAAUGAAACUCUAUUUAAUCUGUUUCAUUUUUGGUCCCGCAUGAAGUGGAGAAUUUACCAAAUUAUAAUUUUGCGAAAUUACGUUAUUAUAAUUUUGAUGUGAUAUCUAUUAAUUAUACAUUAAUAGUUAAAAAUAAACAAACCAGUUCGAAGUUUUAAACCGAUACAAUAAAAUGUUUAAAGGCUUACUAAUUUAUUAUGCAAAGAAAUAAUAGAAAAACUGUAAUAUAGUAAUUCAAUGUGAUAGAAAAUAGGUCAGGAUAGAUAUACAUACAUACAUACAUAAAAUCACGCCUCUUUCCCGGAGGGGUAGGCAGAAACUAGAUAGAUAUGUAUAUAAUUUAUGUAUUUAUGGCUUGAAUUGUAGCCGCAUGUGCUUUUAUUGCGAUAAU